GUUUCAAAUAUCUCUCAAAAACCAAUCCAAAAUCUAGAGUAUAGUAUUGAAAAUCAAGUCAUGAGUGAGAUUGAUUCCGGCGCUGAGAAAAUCCGUCAGGAACUGCAUCGAUCUAUUGAUCUUAAUCAUCCUAUACCUAAUCUGACUCUAACAGAGCCAAAUUCUCAAUCUCUUGUUCAUACUGAUACCGAAACAGUUAAAGAAGGAAGUCCUAUGCAAGUUGAUGAUGAUGAGAAUAACCCAAAUGCUCUAGACUUGAAUCUAGCCCUAACAAAUCCCGAGCAAGACUCACCAAAAGAUGAAUCCCCAAAAGAUCAAUCACAAGUUCACUCCUCCUCCUCUUCAUCCUCCUCAUCAUCCUCCUCAUCGUCAUCAUCCUCAUCAGCCUCAUCCAUGUUAUCACCACCGUCAUCUCAACGUUCAUGCAUGUCCCUAGACUUGAACAUCAUCGAUAAUCAAGAGCAUGAUCGAGAAAGCACCAACAAAAAAGACGAAGACAAUAUGCCAUCAUUGAUUUUGAUGGGGUGCACCCACUGCAUCAUGUACGUGAUGGUUUCUGAAGCUGAGCCUAAGUGUCCAAAAUGCCAAAGCUCAAUUCUCCUCGACGUGUUUCGCGAGAAAUCAGCCAAAAGAUCAAGAAUAAACUAGUUUUCUUUUCUAGUUAAGUUUGCUUUGUUGUCUUUUUUCUUUUUUUUUUUUGGUUAUGUUUGUUUCAUUUAUGUUCUUGUUCUUGUUGUUUGUUGCGUUGUUGAACUUGUUAUAGCUAAAUAUAUGGUUUUUGUUGUGUAAUCUUUUACAUUUGCCGUUUAUAUUAAAUAAACU